AUGAAUUCAAGGGGUGCUUUGGAGUUGAGAGAGUUUCCCAAGGAGGUCAUUUGUAGUGCACGAGGUGAGAACUUUGUUGAGGAAAUCAAAGAUGUACAUGAGCAGGUUAAGACAACAUUACAAAAGAGUGCAGACAAGUACAAGGAACAGGCGGAUAAAAGGAGAAAGGAAGUGCACUUUCAGGUUGGUGAUAUGGUAUGGGUUCAUUUGAAAAAGGAGAGGCUACCAAAGGGUAGACACACUAAGUUGAUGAUGAGAAAGAUAAGACCAUGCAUGAUCCUUAAGGCUUUUGGCUCCAAUGCCUAUAAAGUGAAAUUGCCACAUGAUAUUGGCCUCUCACCCAUUUUCAAUGUUUCAGAUCUGACUCUUUGCAAGAAUGAUGUUGUUGCAAGUACUGUGACAGGUGAAACAACAGUAGAAGGUGAUGAGUGGCUCAAGGAUCUUUCAUCCAAGCCACCUUUGAAGCUUGAAAAGAUCCUAGAUACCAAAGUGGUGAAAAGGAAUAGGAAUCAAGUUUACAAGCAGUAUUUGGUCAAGUGGAAUUGUUUACCAAAGGUAGAUGCAACAUGGUUGUAUGAGCAUGAUAUUCUGAAAUUUCGUUGCAGACUUGAAGAUCUCUUCUCAAGAGGACUUGAGAACAGUUCACCUGGGGAGUAUGGUGCAGGGGCACCAAGUGGACAUAAUGAGUCCAACCCAUGA